GAAGUGAGGCACACUGGCCCCGCCCCCUAUCUUGAUACCUCGCGAGACUUCAAGAAGGCCUUCCUUUUUCGUCUGGGCAGCCGAUAUGCCUUCCAGACUGAGGAAGACCCGGAAACUUCGGGGCCACGUGAGCCAUGGACAUGGCCGCAUUGGCAAGCACCGGAAGCACCCAGGAGGCCGGGGUAAUGCUGGUGGCAUGCAUCACCACAGGAUUAACUUCGACAAAUAUCACCCAGGUUACUUUGGGAAAGUUGGUAUGAGGCAUUACCACUUAAAGAGGAACCAGAGCUUCUGCCCAACUGUCAACCUUGAUAAAUUGUGGACAUUGGUCAGUGAACAGACACGAGUAAAUGCUGCCAAAAACAAGACGGGAGCUGCUCCCAUAAUUGACGUAGUGCGAUCGGGUUACUACAAAGUUUUGGGGAAGGGAAAGCUCCCAAAGCAACCUGUCAUCGUGAAGGCCAAAUUCUUCAGCAGAAGAGCUGAGGAGAAGAUUAAGGGUGUUGGGGGUGCCUGUGUUCUGGUGGCUUAAAGCCACAUGGAGCUCUGGAGGUUCAUUAAACGCUAACAAAUUCUUUUCCUUUGUGGUCCGAGUAGGUAUUUUGGCAUCUGUACUUUAAACCUAUAUGUUGCAUGUUAGAAACCCACUUUAUAGGUCUUAGGCACAUGAGGGACGUGGUGGACUUUCUGCUGGGUCCCUUCAUAGCAUAUAGUAGAAAUAGCACCAACACUUAAGAGGCAUUAGCUAAUUAAACCUUUUAGUUUUUUAUUUUUUCAGUUGUGGACAGACACAAUACCUUUAUUUAUUUUUAUGUAGUGAUGAGGGUCAAACCCAGGGCUUCACACAUGCUGUGUGAGCACUCUGCCCCUGAGCCACAACCCCAGCCCGCUUUUUUAGUUUUUAAAGUGGAAUGAAAUACAUGUUAAAAGGCCUACUAGCAUUGUAUACUGAAUUUUACAGAAAGUGCAAGCAUGCACCCUUAACUGUUUUGUGGGGUUAGAAAGAGAAGUUUAGUUUUGAUGGUGCAUGAUCUUCACAAGAUUUUGAUCAAUCACACUGAAAAGUAACAGUGUUAGAACUGAGGGAGUACAAUUACUUGAUUGCUAAGUGUAAGAUUUUUUUCCAUCUGGCUCCCUCCUGUUGGACCAAACCAUUCUAGUUACAACCAGGAUAUUCUGAAUCAAAAUCUUAAUAUAUGGUGCCCAGCAAUUCGAAUAUAUCAAAAUGCAUUGGAUUCUGCAAAGCAAAUGUCAGAUUCAUGUCCCUAUACAUAAAGGGUUUUGAUGUUCAAAGAAAUAAUGAAAUUGUUCAUAUUUUUAGUCUGAAAUAUGGAGAAGACUGAAAAAUCCUGAGGACCAGAAACUAGAUUUGUGUUUUUUAGUUUGUAUGUUUUAUGAUAGUAAAACAAAAUACUUGUUUAUAAAUAGGUGUCAGGAUAAAUUAUAAUUUGUUACAGCUUUAAUGGCUCUUCCUGAAGUUUAUAAGAAGUCAGGAAAAUUUUUCAGUUGGAUACUUUUAAAACUGGCUUGUCCCUGGUCCCAUGGGGCAUGCCUGUGAUUCCAUUGGCUUGGGAGGCUGAGGAAGGAGGAUCUUAAGUUCAAAGCCAGCCUCAACAAGAGCAAGAGCAAGGAGCUAAUAAGCAAUUUGGUGAGACCCUGUCUAAAUAAAGUACAAAAUAGGGCUGGGGAUGUGGCUUAGUGGCCUAGUGCCUCUGAGUUCAAUCUCCAGUACCAAAUUUUUUUUUUAAUUGAUUGUCCAAGGCUGGGGCUGUGUGUAGCUCAGUGGCAGAGUGCUUCCCUGGCAUAUUUGAGGCACUGAAUUGGAUCUCCAGCAUCGCAUUAAAAAAAAAAGGCAUGCUGUCCAUCUACAACUACAAAAAAAUUUUUUUUUUAAACUGAAUCGUCUGGGUUUGCAUCUAAAUGUCUGAUGGAAAAAGGUGAAAAUACAGGCUCUUUCUAAUAUGGAACCUGAGACCAAAGAACUGCGCAGGCAGUCAGAAUUAAGAAACUGAUUUCUACCCAACAGCUGCAUGACUUUCAAUGCUCAAUCUAAUUUCCUCAUCUUUAUAUUUCAGUUAAAAUUGCCUACUUGAGCACUUUGUACAAAUAAAACCGAAAGCCUACA